AUGGUGAAUCUGGUGCCACCCUUGGGACCUAUCUUAGAAACACAGAUGGUGGAAGAUGAAACUGAGGCAACAAGACAAGAACUGCCUCCUCAUCUGCGGGAAGAGCCUCCCGAAGAUGCCAGCAAGGACCAUCCGCAGCAGCAGGCAGGGGUGAUCUGGAGAGUGACGGGUGGCCUGUUCAGUAUCACUGGGGGCGUCGGAGCUGUGGGCAGCGCGGUCGCCAGCAAAGUCCCUUUCACCGCAAAGAAGAAGGACAAGGCUGACUAA